AUGCAAGACGAUGCCAAAGCCGAUGCAGAUGAGAUCCCACAGGCCCAUGGCUCACCUGAACCGUACUCCAUACACGGGAGCACCGCUAAGCAUCUAAUUGUUCUAGCCGUGUCCAUUGCGGGAUGCUUCUCACCGUUGGCCACGACUAUGUAUCUUCCAGCUUUCCACGCACUCGCCAAGGAUCUCCACCAGCCCAUCGUUCUGAUCAAUCUGUCCAUGACGACAUACCUGAUCUUCCAGGGCAUAUCACCAGCCCUUCUGGGCCCCCUCACCGAUCGAUCCGGGCGACGACCUAUGUACAUCAUGUGCUUCAUCAUUUACAUCGCAUCCAACAUCGGACUAGCCUUGCAGAACCAUUAUGCGGCAUUCCUAACCCUCCGAGCAAUGCAAAGCGCCGGGGUAAGCAAUACCAUUGCGCUAGCCACAGCUGUGAUUACCGACAUUACAACCGCCACGGAGCGAGGGGUGACCAUGGGAUGUGCAUUCGCUGGCUUCCUGGCAGGUCAAACGCUAAGUCCUGUCCUCGGCGGCAUUCUGACCAAUUAUCUGGGCUGGAGAUGGAUUUUUUGGUUUCUGACUAUCUGCUCCGCCACUUUCUUCCUUGUCCUGCUUCUGUUCCUACCAGAAACAUCCAGACCCCUUGUUGGCAAUGGUUCUCGACGGCCUCCGCGCUCCAGCCUGUGCCUUCUCGAUUUGACAAACACCCGGCGCCAUGGGAGCACAGCACCGCCCCUCAUCCCAAAUAGCGGUCGAGGCUUAUCCCGGUGGAAUCCCUUCGCCGCUCUGCUAGCCCUUCGGGACAGGGCUGUCUUUCUGGUCGUUAUGGCCAAUGGGAUCAACUUCUGCGGCUCGGUGGCCAUCACCACGAGCCAGCCCUCCCAGUUCAAGGAGGUCUAUGCGCUGAGCGACUUGCAUAUUGGACUAUGCUUCCUGCCAUUUGGAAUUGGUGGGAUUGUGGCCUCGUAUGUGCAGGGCCGACUGACCGAUUUCAAUUAUCGUCGGCAUGUCCGUCGCUGUUCGAACGGCAACGAACGCUGCGCGCUGGACCGCCCUACGUUAGCAAGGGCGCGCGCCCAAAUGGUGCCUCCGUUGGCUGUGGCGCAAUGUCUGUCGGCCGUGGCCUACGGGUGGAUGCUCCAUUAUUCGGUCCCGAUUGCGUGUCCAUUGGUCUUCCUGUUCCUCUUAGGAUAUACCGGGGGGGCGAUGAUCAACUGCCUCAAUGUUCUUACCACCGAUCUAUGUAUCGACCGUCCGGCUACGGCGACUGCCAUGACGAAUAUGGUGCGGUGUCUUAUGGGGGCCGGGAUCAGCGCCGCCAUCGGGCCGUUGAUCGAGGCUAGUGGCCGAGGAUGGGCAUUCACCGUCGUCCCCGGUCUUCUCAGCCUGUUAUGUAUUCCACCAUUGAUUUUUGUGAUGUGGGGAGCCAGUGUAGCGGUGCGAGCCGCGCAUGCUUCGUGA